CGGGGGGAGGGGGGAGGAACAUGGCGCAAGCUCUGUCCGAGGAGGAGUUUCAGCGGAUGCAGGCUCAGCUCCUGGAAUUGCGGACCAACAACUACCAACUUUCAGAUGAGCUACGCAAAAAUGGUGUUGAACUCACCAGUCUUCGACAGAAGGUCGCAUAUCUGGAUAAGGAGUUCAGCAAAGCUCAGAAGGUAUCUCCUUCCACCCACCCACCCACGCAUGCUUCCUUCUACCCAUCUGACUCAUUCCUCUACCCAGCACUGAGCAAGAGCAAGAAGGCUCAGGAAGUUGAGGUACUGCUAAGUGAAAAUGAGAUGCUACAGGCAAAGCUACACAGCCAAGAAGAGGACUUCCGGUUGCAAAACAGCACACUUAUGGCUGAGUUCAGCAAGCUCUGCAGCCAGAUAGAACAGCUGGAGCAGGAGAACCAGCAACUGAAGGACGGGACUGCUGGAGCUGGGUCUGCCCAAGCUGAGCCCCUUGUGGAUGGGGAGCUGCUGAGAUUACAAGCAGAGAAUACAGCCUUGCAGAAGAACGUGGCAGCCCUGCAGGAGCGAUAUGGAAAAGAUGCCAGAAGACCCUCAGCAGUUAGUGAUGGGCAAGGGGACCCUCCAGGGGGCCCAGCGCCCACCAUCUCAGCCCCCAUGCCUUUGGCAGAGGUGGAGCUUAAAUGGGAAAUGGAGAAAGAAGAAAAGAGAUUGCUUUGGGAGCAGCUGCAAGGCUUGGAGAGUUCAAAGCAGGCAGAAACAUCCAGGCUACAGGAGGAACUUGCUAAGCUCUCCGAGAAACUGAAAAAGAAACAAGAAAGUUUUUGCCGUCUGCAGACAGAGAAGGAGACGCUGUUUAAUGACAGCAGAAACAAGAUCGAGGAAUUACAACAACGGAAAGAAGCUGAUCUCAAAGCCCAGUUGGCUCGAACCCAGAAGUUGCAGCAGGAACUUGAGGCUGCCAAUCAGAGCCUGGCAGAAUUGAGAGAUCAGCGGCAGGGGGAACGCCUGGAGCAUGCAGCAGCUUUGCGGGCCCUACAGGAUCAGGUGUCCAUCCAGAGUGCAGAUGCGCAGGAACAGGUGGAAGGGCUUUUGGCUGAGAACAAUGCCUUGCGGACUAGCCUGGCUGCCCUGGAGCAGAUACAAACAGCAAAGACCCAAGAAUUGAACAUGCUCCGAGAACAGACCACUGGGCUGGCAACUGAGUUACAACAAAGACAGGCUGAGUAUGAGGAUCUUAUGGGACAGAAAGAUGACCUCAACUCCCAGCUCCAGGAGUCAUUACGAGCCAAUAGUCGGCUGCUGGAACAACUUCAAGAAAUAGGGGUGGAGAAGGAGCAGUUGACCCAAGAACUACUGGAGGCUCGGAAGAGUGCUGAGAAGCGGAAGGCCAUGCUGGAUGAACUAGCAAUGGAGACACUGCAGGAAAAGUCCCAGCACAAGGAAGAGCUAGGAGCAAUCCGACUACGGCAUGAGAAGGAGGUGCUAGGGGUUCGGGCUCGCUAUGAGCGUGAGCUCCGAGAGCUGCACGAAGAUAAGAAACGGCAAGAAGAAGAGCUCCGGGGACAAAUCAAGGAGGAGAAGGCCCGAACACGGGAGCUGGAGAAUCUCCAGCAGACUGUGGAGGAACUUCAAGCUCAGGUACACUCCAUGGAUGGAGCCAAAGGCUGGUUUGAACGGCGCUUAAAGGAAGCCGAGGAAUCCCUGCUGCAGCAGCAACAGGAACAAGAGGAAGCCCUCAAGCAGUGUCGGGAACAGCAUGCUGCUGAGCUGAAGGGCAAGGAGGAGGAGCUACAGGGUGUAAGGGAUCAGCUUCUUCAGGCCCAGGAGGAGCGAGACAACCAUCUGAAGACCAUCAGCAGUCUGAAGCAGGAGGUGAAGGACACGGUGGAUGGGCAGCGGAUCCUGGAGAAGAAGGGUAGUGCUGCGCUCAAGGACCUCAAGCGGCAGCUGCACCUGGAGCGGAAGCGGGCAGACAAGCUGCAGGAGCAGCUGCUGGACAUCCUCACCAACAGUAAGAGCCGCUCAGGCCUUGAGGAGCUGGUUCUUUCAGAGAUGAACUCACCAAGCCGGACGCAGACAGGGGACAGCAGUAGCAUCUCUUCCUUCAGCUAUCGGGAGAUCUUGCGAGAAAAGGAGAGUUCAGCUGUUCCAGCUAGGUCCUUAUCCAGCAGCCCUCAGGCCCAGCCCCCUCGGCCAGCAGAGCUGUCAGAUGAGGAAGUAGCUGAGCUCUUUCAGCGGCUGGCAGAGACACAGCAAGAGAAAUGGAUGCUGGAGGAGAAGGUGAAGCACCUGGAGGUAAGCAGUGCCUCCAUGGCGGAGGACCUCUGCCGCAAGAGUGCCAUCAUUGAGACCUACGUCAUGGAUAGCCGCAUUGAUGUGUCUGUGGCAGCAGGCCACACAGACCGCAGCGGACUGGGCAGCGUCUUGAGAGACCUAGUGAAGCCAGGUGACGAGAACCUUCGGGAGAUGAACAAGAAGCUGCAGAACAUGUUGGAGGAGCAGCUCACCAAGAAUAUGCACUUGCACAAGGACAUGGAAGUUCUGUCCCAGGAAAUUGUGCGGCUCAGCAAGGAGUGCGUAGGAUCUCCUGACCCAGACCUGGAGCCUGGAGAAGCCAGCUAAAGACCUGCAGGCUGCACCUACUCCUUCCCCUUCCCACCCUCUUCCCCCAAGACACCAUGCCAUUCCCUUGGGCUGUGGUGGGAAAAUAGGGGCCUGGCUCCAAAGGAGACUGGACAUUAAAGGGGCUGGAGACGAAGGCUGGUGUUAAUGACCCUGUCUUAGGGCAGAGGCCCCCGGAGAGGGGGGAUCCUGAAGGAGGGGGCAGGGAUUUCUCUCUGCUCCCAGGGAUUUCUGCCUUCAUUUCUGCAUGAGCUCUCCUUCCCAGAGACCAACUCUUUUUAAUUUAAUUUUAUUUUUUAACUUAUGUCUGGGAGCCUGGCUACUUUGCAUUUGGAAUUGGGGAUGUUGGGUGGGGGCAUGGUCCAUGUUCAGCAUUCUAACGUGUGUGUGUGUGUGUGCGUAUGUGUGUGUGCGUGUGUGUGUGUGUGUGUAAAGGCUGUGCAGCCAAAAUACCAUCUGGCCACAUGGGCCCACCCACUGACUGUUUGGUCUCAUUCUUUCUAACCAGGAGGGAUGUGGUGGAGGUGGGGAGGUCAUAACCACUGGAAUAGGGAGGGAAGUCUCUGGCUGCAAGUUUACUUUUAUUCCCUCAUCCUCACCCUCACCCAGCCUGUCAACAUUUACUGCUGACCAACCCAUUAAACUGAGUGGAGCAAAAAUA